AAAGCAGACAAUGACAAUCCUACCAAAACAAUGUUGUAAUGGAGUUGAUCAAUAGUGUCACUGGUACUGAUGAGGAAGACAGGUCUCGCCAACGUAUUCUUGUAUAUGCUGCUAGGAGGUAUGCUACUGCGCUAGAGAGAAACCCAGAAGAUUAUGAUGCUCUUUACAACUGGGCAUUGGUUCUUCAGGAAAGUGCAGAUAAUGUUAGUCCAGAUUCUACUUCGCCUUCUAAAGAUGCCUUGAUAGAGGAGGCUUGUCAAAAGUAUGAUGAGGCUACUCAUCUCUGCCCAACACUUCAUGAUGCUUUCUACAACUGGGCAAUAGCAAUAUCUGAUCGAGCAAAAAUGCAUGGUCGGACCAAAGAGGCUGAAGAACUCUGGGAGCAGGUUCUUACUAAAUAA